UUGAUUGCAAUGCCGCCAUGUUUGCACCACGUGAUCGUCCCAGAAGAAAUUGGAUUAGACAAUGCGGACGUUACACACAAUACUCUGUUUAUUGACCAUCAAUGUUGUUCUAGUAUUUUGUGCUAAAUUUGCUCAACUCUACGCCCACGACUAUGUGAAAGAUGGACGCCCCGUUGAUGGUCCUUUUCCAUCGAGUCUAAAGAAUAUGCCAUACAUGUGUUAUCAGGCACCAAGUAAAGGACCCUGCAACUACAUGCAAUUGGCCUGGUUCUUCGAUGUUGUCAGACGAAAAUGUAUGAGGUUUUUCUACUCCGGUUGUGGAGGCAACGAAAAUAGAUUUGCUACUGAACGAUCCUGCGAGCUGUUUUGUAAUAAAAAUAGACGAAUUUAACCGAAUAAUUGGAGUUUACAAGUGUGUACUAAGAUAAGAUUAAAUAAAAUGUAUUUAGCACUAAUAGCUGAUGUCCGCCUUUGCUCGCGUCGAUUACGGACUAAGUAAAAUUAGCCUAAGAUGACUAAGGAGUACCUAAUCCUUAGUACAUCGGCUACCUGCCAAUAAAAUUCCCGUCAAAAUCGAUCCAGCCAUUUCUGAGAUUAACCAGAACAAACAAACAGACAGACAGACAAACAUUGUAUAAAUCGUAUGUAUAUUCAUUAUUAUAUAAAAGGCACUCCUAUUUGAUUUAUAAGUAUAAAUUUGUAUGUAACACAAUUAAAUGUUCUGCCAAAUUUCAGUUCACUUGGAUUCGGAUUGGAUACGAUAUUGCAGUAUAUCGUAUUGCAAUAUAUGCGAAAUUCUAAUUUGUAUCCGGCCAUUGGGCUACCUAACAGCAAACUGUGAUUAUCGACUUAUUUCUGAUACAACGUCCACAUUUCCUAUUAUUGAGAUUAUUUCCUAUAUGUAUACGAUAAUUUGGAUUUUUUAAGUGUAAGCGCAACAUGCGACACUAUUGAAUUCAUGUGUGACUAAUACUAAUAUGAUAUAUUGGUUUAUACUAUGGAAUAUAUUUACUGCUGAAAAAAUAAACGUUUUAUGGCGUGGCUUUUA